CGCGGGUAUGACGUCGCGUCUGCGCAGACGCUCGGCGCAGAGGCCUGGCGGAAGCCAAGAUGGCGCGGAAGAGGGCUCCAGCCCGCCGUUGGCGCCUUCUCCGUGUCUGAGCCGAGUUCUUUGGAAGGGACUGUGGCUGACGCCCUGUGUGCCGCGAUGGCCCGGCAUCGGAACGUCCGAGGCUACAACUACGAUGAAGAUUUUGAAGAAGAUGAUUUGUAUGGCCAGUCUGUGGAAGAUGACUAUUGUAUUUCACCAUCAACAGCUGCUCAGUUUAUUUACUCACGACGUGACAACCCUGAAGAAGAAUAUGGUUAUGAAGAUCUGAAAGAGUCUUCUAAUUCUCUUUUGAAUCACCAGUUAAGUGAAAUUGAUCAAGCUCGUCUCUAUUCAUGCCUUGAUCACAUGAGGGAGGUACUGGGAGAUGCUGUGCCCGAUGACAUACUGAUGGAAGCAAUUCUGAAGAACAACUUUGAUGUCCAGAAGGCUUUGUCAGUGGUUCUGGAACAAGAUCAUGUGCAGGAUUUGAAGGGGAAGAGCGAAAGAGCAGUACCUGCAGGAAAGAUGUCCAAAGGAGUCUUAAUUUCUUCUUCUGAAGUUUCAGCCGAAAAUGUUCAGAAUUCUUAUCCUCAAUCAGAAAAUCAUUUGGAUAGCAGUAGCAAAUCUUUUGAUUGUUCUAGCUCAAUAGCAAAAUAUGGAUCACAUAAUUCUCCACUUGUGCCAAGUCACUAUUUACUUCAUAGAAAAAAGAAACUUGACAGACCCCAAAGUGAAAAGGAACUAGAAUCAUGUAAGUUAACAAAGGAGCUGUCCCUAGCUCACCUCAUUGAUGAUAUGCCAAGAGAUUCUUGUGCAAGUCAGCCAUCAGUCAGACUGUCCCCCACAGACACUCUGCAGGGUCUGCUUGCUAAGACUCCAGAUGCUGAUGUGGUAAGGCCUCCUACAGGCGAGUGUGCUUCCGAAGAAGAUGGUGCUUUCAAAGGAAUACCAGACUUAAAGUCCUUAAUGGGAGGGAACACAGCAGCUAGUGGUUCUUUGGGUGUUCAAAGCAGUUUGCUACCUGAUUUUCAAAGCAUUCCAUUGCAGAACAUCUUGGGAAGCUUAUAUAGCCCGUUGCACUUACCUGUCUCAUUGGAAAAUAAUUUUAAUCCCAGUAUAAACACUGAAGUUGGACAAAGUGCCAAGAAUGAUAUUGUAAAGAAUAACAGUUUACCGUUUUCCCAGUGUGGAAGUCCAUCCCUAGCUGAGCUGUUGGAGGAACACAGAGAGAACAGUCGCAGGCAGUGCUUCACGUUGUCCGACCUGUGUGAGCAGUCAGCUGCCAGCUUGGGGUCCCUCCCCCUGUCGCAGCUGGCAACCCGCUCUCAGGCUUCUACUGGAGUGUCGGAGCUCACAGGAUCUCUGUCAUCUUUGGCCUUGUCUCAAACUUCUCCCACGAGAGACCUGGAGAAUUUGUCCCUUUCUGAUUUGAUUGCCAAAACGAUCGACCUAGACAACUCUCAGAUUAAGAGAGAUUCCUUUGAGCUCAGUUUAUCUGAAUUGAGAAGCCCUGGAAUUGAUUCAAAUAUUGAUCUUAGUGUCCUGAUAAAAACUCCAGAGUUUGUUUCAAAGCCUGUAGUUGACCCAUCAGUUGCUCCAACCCCAGACACUAAAGUUCUAACUCUAAAGGUAGAGGAAAAUUCCAGUUCUACUAAGGAUGGUAAGAAAAACAAAAAAGGCCCCCUUGCUAGGAAAGCACCUUUGUCUGUGUCCUGGACCAAGGCUCUUGCUGCUAGGCCUUCAGCCUUUGCUUCAACGCUGUGUCUUCGUUACCCGCUGAAGAGCUGCAAGAGGCGCUCUCUUGACCUCUACAAGACUUUCCUUUAUAGCAGACAAGUUCAAGAUGUCUCGGACAAAGAAAUGAGCCCACUUGUAGCAAUAACGCCAUUUGACUUCAAAUCAGCAUCCCCGGAUGACAUUGUAAAAGCUAAUCAGAAGAAAGCAUUUACUAGAGAAUAGUCACAGAGGAAAACUCGGUUACUCUUGCAACCUUUUUAAUCGUAAUGUAAAGUCUUUGUAGGAUCAUUUAUAUUAUGGGAUUCAAAUUGUGAUUUUUUAUUAAAAUUGUCUUAAGUCCAUUAUAACAACUUUAGUUGGUAAGGAUUUUUGCACUGAGAAUUUUUUUUUAUGAUGUCUUCUUGGAGUAAUGACUGGUUUCAUUUGAGUUGCUAGCUCAUUAGUAGAGUGUAUGUUUACAAUGUGCAUAUGGAAACGUGAUAUUGUCAAUUGAGCCUCAGAUAUUUCAUUUGACAUCCAACUUUCUUAAGUUUUAUGAGGAGAUAUUUUCUUCAAUGAAAUAUUUUUGUGCUUUUUUUCUUAAAUGAAUGUGCAACUGCUUGGGCUUAUCAUAGUGUGAAAAUUAUUCUUAGGCUACAUGACAUACCUGAGAUAUGCUUAUAUUUUCAAGUAUUAUUGGCAUCAUUCCUAGUUUUAUUAUUUUACUUAGAUGACUACUAAAACUUUCCUAGUAGAAACUUUUGAAAUUCUGGAUUUUUGAAAGUACUAUGAAAUAUACGGUUGAGGUGCAUUUUUAAUGACAAAAUGAAAAUCUUUUAAGGGACCAUGUAUAUAUUGGAGUUGAAAUAAUACAUAAAUUAUUUUUCUAUGUUAUAUAUUUUAUAGAUUUCUAAGGCAUCCUCUUCAAAAUAAACAUAUAGAAACUGUCUGGAAGUAUGCUUGCAUGUUAUUUAAAUGGUCUUACCCGAUUUCUUUAGCAGUUUCCUUACAGUAAAUGAUGAGAUCUGGAGCCCUCCUUUUUGCUCCUGAUGGCUGUGCCCGGCAGUGACAAAGUUCUGCAGUGGCAGAUCCCAUGAGAGUGUAGUCAGUAGGAUAAAGAUAUGUCUUCUACAGUGCUGGUCCUCAGCUACAAUUUGGAAUCACCCGGAAAACUUUCUGAACACAGCCACUACUGCUGCUUUUCAGAUGGCUGAGUUGGUUUCUGAGGGAGGCCCUUGGGAAUGUGUUCAUUGAUGGUCUCUAGGUGAUAACUUAUGUCUGCUUUCCCUGGAGAAUUGUGGAGUAAAACUUUAAUGCCAAAUAUAGCCGACCAACUUAAUUUCUAAUAAUCAGGGAUAUCAAGGAAAAAGUACUUAUCAGGGAUAAUAGUCUUUUGCCUAGAAUGAUAAAACGUAGAGUUAGUGUUUCUUGCAUAAUGUUAUUUCUUAGUGAAAAUUGAAUAGCCCUUUAAGUAGGAAUUGUUUUUAUGGCAGCUACUUCACUAUUCCUUGGUUUUGUGUAAGUGUGUGUGUGUGUUUUUGUGUGUGUGUAUAUUCAGAUUUUUUCCAGUAGGUUUAUGAUACUGCCAUAUCCAGUAUUUUACUGAGCUACAGCACAAGUUCCAAAUUGUAUUUGUAGCUGAGUUUUCAUUGUUUAUAAUAUCUAGGAGAUUAUAAAGACCAGAGCAUGCAUUUCAGGAUUAGCAUUGAAAUCUGGGUUCCCCCCGCUACUCUGGUUAUCUAGUGGUCUUUUACCUCUAUCACUUUAGUGACUGACCUAUGCAUAUGACUUACCAACUAGAGCUCUGUGGAGGCAUUGUCCGCUUUAGAGUUGGAUUGUAUUCUGACAGUUUGUAACUCGUUAUUACUCCCAUAGAUUAAGUUCCAUGCAAGUGCUUCUCUUUGCACGAAAGCCACAAAUUCUUUCUUAAUCCACGCUGAAGAGUGUGGUAGUAUUAUGUUAUUUUUUUUAUGAUAGUAAUUUUAAGAAGAAAAACAAUACUUUGUGAGCUAUACUUUGUUAGUUGAACUGUGUGUCCUUUUGUUGGCUGAUUAGGAUUGAAACCACCACUUAAGAGAUUUCUCUUGUGCAGAAAGUUUAUUAUAUAUUAUGUAUAUAUUAUUUCUUUUUAAAGAUAACUUGCUAGUGUUCCCAUUUUCCUUGUCUUGGCUACUGGCCUGUUGGCAUGUGCUUGACAAGGUCUUGCCCCUUUUGAUAUGGGAAUGUCACAGUUUCUGAGACUCAGAAGGUGAAACCGAGAAGCCUCUUUGCUCCUUCCACCCAUGGCUGUGGUCCGUGGCAAAGAGAGGUGUGUGCUGAUUGGUGGAUAGACUGUUUGUAAAGAUGUUUACACCAAAAGUCACCAGCUGCUGCUCAUUGACCAAUUGCUGACUUGGUAGCUCAGGGAUGUUGAGUGUGGUAGGUUUUACUUUAUUUUCUCUUUCAAAUAUCUGUGUUGACACACUUUCUGUUUGUGUUAUGAUCAUAUACCCUCAGUUUACAUAGGAAUACAAUAAAAUUAGUUCUAAAGGAUGUAAAAGGUGUUCAAAAUGAUUUUUGAGUUUUGCUCUCUUUGUUCUUUAAAGGCUCUGUUGUGUCCAUGGGUGUUUUGUCAUUUUCAUUGUAAGAGAUGCAGUUCUUAAAAUUGAGUGUCCAGAACCAGGAACUCAUUCUGUACAGAAGACUUAAGUUUGUGUUUGAACAUUGCUUCUUUCUACUUGCCUUCUCAGCUGUUUGCUCCCUUUGCUUCCAGCCUUUCUUUCCUACAAUUUCCCCUUUCUUUCUCAUGGAAAUAGUAGUAGCUAUUCUGUUGAAUUUUGGUAUGUAGGCUCUCCUGCAUCUGCUUGUCACCCUGGUGAUAAAGUCAGGAAGGGGCUUUGACCGGAAAGGAAGCACUAAUGAUAAUAGUGCAGAGAAAAGGAGCGUGUUUGUAAUGGCUGCUGUCUUUUACGUUGGCCUUGAGCCUCUAUCUGGAUCAUUAAAUACUGAAAAGAUUAUUUAUCGUCAACUUUCUCUUUUGUGUUCACAAAUAUAUAUAUAUUUGUUUAUAAAACGAGUUCUAUAGUAGCGUAGAAAUUGUUCUCUGUUAUUUUAGUAAUGGACUGUGUAUAAACAAAGAUGAUGUUGGCCAGAAAGGGAAGAAUCAGUAGGAAUUUCUAUGAUAGUUUUUGCAUUUGUACUUCUGAUUAUAUAAAACUUUGUAAUUGUGUAAGUGAUUCCCAGGCUGUAGAAAUCUGUCACAUUUUGAGUGUAUAAUACAUUUUUAUAAAAGCUAUAUUUACCCUGGAAAAGUUUCUGUAGAAAUUUGGUACUUCAGAAUGGUAUUUUAUAAUUAAUGCAGAGAGUACUACUGCUUCAUGUCU